CAUACCCAGGGGCGGACUGACAACUCAUUGGGCCCCCGGGCAAUAGGGGAUCAUGGGGCCCCUGUGUCCUUGCCCAAACUCAAAAAAGCCAAUGAAAAAGGUACCAGGGGCAGCUCAUGGGGCCCCCUACUGACCCCGGGCCCUCGGGCAGUGCCCGAAUUUCCAAACGGUCAGUCCACCCCUGGUCAUACCAAAAGACCCUUGUGGAAAAGGAUCAAGGAGCAUGUGAAAAACAUACAGAAAGGUUUCAGUAAACACAGUGUGUCUAAACAUUUCUUGACCCAUCACAAUUUUUAUUUUAUUUUUUUAUAUUAUUAUUUGGUUUUUAUUUUAUUU